AUGAAUCGCCAACCGCUCACCCUGGAUACUUCCCAGAGACCGCGAUAUUCAUAUAUCGCGACGCCGGUUGAAUUGAAUGGGCCUCAGCAGCAUCAACAAUAUCAACAGCAACAUCAGCAAGAAAUACAGCAACCGACCCAGGACAGCGCUCCAUCGGAGUCGCUGCCUGCGACGAAUGUUGCUACUCAAGAGCUCGAACAGGCGCGACAAAUCCAGCUGCAUGAAAGACAGGUUGCAAAUGCGACUCCUCAUCAGGGACUUCCAGUGCAUCCUGCUCUGUCUGCGCCGUAUGCUGAAGAGCCUGCUGCUCCGAUAAACAGUCCUCCACCACCAAUUACCUCGCCACAAUAUUCAUUUAAUUCCCCCCCUCCUCCAUCAUCACCAGGACCUCUCCCCGUAAAAGGAGACCAUCCGCGACCUCCUCCGACUCCACUGAUGCCAAUUGUCCCCGAUAUUAACCCGCUCCAGUCUCCGCUGUCACCAUCGUUUCCGCCCACUGCCAAGCACCAUCCACAGCAUAUGCAAUCAAACAACAGCAACAACAACAACAAUGACGAAUCCUACACUACUCAUUUGCCCGGCCAAAUCGCCCAUCCAAACCAAAUGACGACCGGCGGCGGAUGGAGCACCGGCCUUUGCGAAUGCUCUGAUAUCGGGACCUGCUGUCUGGGCCUCACCUGCCCGUGCAUCCUCUACGGCCGGACGCAGUAUCGCCUGUUGCGCAAGUCCAGGGGCGAAGACCCGACCAAUAUGCUGGGCUACGAAACCUGCAACGGGUCGUGCACGGCCAUGGCCCUGUUCUGUGGCUGCCAAUGGAUCCUAGCCACGAUCCAGCACACGCGCACGCGCAGGGCGUACCGGAUCGAGGGCGAUAUAUGCUCUGACUGUGCGCGCGCGACCUGUUGUCCGUGCUGCACAUGCAUCCGCAAUGAAAGAGAGAUCAGGCUCCGAGAGGACGCGCGCGCUCAGUCAGCUCAGCUCAACGGGGCUAAUUUUGUGUCGCCAUAUCUUCCUCCAGGGCAGAUGCAGUACCGGGCUGGUUGA